UGCGCAGCGUCCGCAUAGGCCCCGCCCCUCGGCCUCCGCGAGCCAAUCGCAGCCCAGGGGCGGGUACUGAGGGUAUAUAAAGCAGCUCGGCGGCGUCCUGGAUCUCUCCCGGGACCGCGAAACAGUAGGUGCGUAGGUUUGGGGAGCCGCCUCUGGAACCGGAGCUGUCGUGUCCCCCUCCUCUUUUAAUUUACCGUUGCCAACAAUAAAGGCCUUUCCUGCCGUAGCUCCUUCGGGAGUGCGGGCGACAUUUCGCAGAAGAUUCUCUGGCCGACCUUGCCGGGAUCUCCAGAUGGCCGCGCUGCGAGCAACUCUCCACGUGGCGACCCUGGCGGCUGGGGCGCGCCGAGCUUUGUUGGGUAGGGAAGGCUCCCUGGCUGGUAACUGCCUGGCCUACCGUCGCCUCUGGGAUAAGCUCCACAGCGGUCCCCGAGUCGGCAGCGUCCCCACGUUCGACUGGUUCUUUGGGUAUGAGGAAGCCCAGGGGUUCCUUCUGCCGCUGCUGCAGGAGGCACAGGCUGCCUAUCCACUGCGGGUGUUGGACGUGGGCUGUGGGACCUCCAGCCUAUGUACAGGUCUCUACACCAAGUGUCCAAUUCCCGUGGAUGUGCUGGGGGUGGACUUCUCUCCUGUGGCCGUGGCCCACAUGAACAGCCUCCUGGAAGGUGGCCAAGACCAAAUACCCCUGUACCCUGGGCACCCUGCCUCUCAACUACAGUUCAUACAGGCUGAUGCCCAGAACCUGGAGCCCGUGGCUCCCUCAGGCUCCUUCCAGCUCGUGCUGGAUAAGGGCACCUGGGAUGCUGUUGCCCGGGGUGGUCUGCCUGGGGCUUACCAGCUUCUGUCAGAAUGCCUAAGGGUCCUAAGCCCCCAGGGGACCCUGAUUCAGUUCUCCGAUGAGGACCCUGAUGUGCGGCUACCCUGCCUGGAGCAAGGGUCCCAAGGCUGGACUGUGACUGUGCAGGAGCUAGGCCCUUUCAGGGGCAUCCCCUACUUUGCUUACUUGGUUCAAGUCUCUCAUUAAAGACUUUAGUUCUAA